GUCCUUGGUCUUGCUAUGCAUCCACACUUGCACAGAGAGGAUCAAAAUGGAUGCGAAGAGCUCAUGACAGCUCUAGAAGAAUGCCACGCCAAAGGGUUCUUAUGGAAGUCCAUGGGCAUGUGCAGUAGCACCAAGACGGAGGUCAACAAAUGCCUACGAGCUGCCCGACUGCGGCGAACGGCGGCGAAUCGAGAAGAGGCGAAGAAGAAGCGAGCACACAUGGAGAAGAUCUGGAAUGAGAUCGAUGCCAAUUCAUGAAUGCGGUCAUUUGGAAGAAGCCAUAGCCGAUGAGGGGAGGACAACACUCUCAACUCACACUGCUAGAGAUGUCACAAUAAUGUGUCGCGGGACAUUGUGCGCGCUCGAGAAGAGUCAAUAGCUGAACGCUAUGGCGAAGACAAACAAUCGGACCCGAACCUGCAUGGGCAUGGCAUGGCAUGGCAUAGCGGGUGGAAAGGCGUCGGCACUUCACGAAUAUGCCGUUGGUAUCCGGAAGUAGCGCGAGGUCAGGAAAACAUGAAUUGCGGCGAUUAAGAAGCGGGAGCGCAAGCAGGGCAAUUCGCGCAAUCAAGACUCUCCGCCCAUG